UGCAUAUAAUCUAUGUCCCAGUGUAUAGCUGCUGGCACAUGCACGCACCAUGGAAGGACAGCUGCGGAGAGCAAUGGCGGCCCGGUGGCUGUUGCUGCUUCUUCUGGGCAUCGCGGGCGGCGGCGGCGUUCUUCAAGUCCAUGGGCAGGUCGAUAACUUAGGUUUCAUAAACUUAGACUGUGGUCUGCCAGAGAGCGCCGCGGGCUACGUGGACGGCGUCACCAAGCUGCGCUUCACCUCGGACGGAGGCUUCAUCGACGCCGGCACCAACUACAACAUGUCAUCCGAGUACAUCACGCCGACGAUGGGCAGGAGCUGGCACAACGUGCGCAGCUUCGGCGGUGGCGCAGGCACGCGCAGCUGCUACACGCUCCAGUCCCUCGUGGCCGGGCUCAAGUACCUCAUCCGGGCCAAGUUCUGGUACGGCAACUACGACGGCCUCGACAGGGCGCCUGUCUUCGACCUGCAUGUUGGCGUCAACUACUGGACGACCGUGAACAUCUCGAACGCCAACACGCCGGUGAUCUAUGAGAUCAUCGCCGUCGUCCCUGGUGAGUCCGUGCAGGUUUGCCUCGUGAACACCGGCUCCGGGACGCCGUUCAUCUCGGCCCUCGACCUGAGGCCCCUCAAGAACGGGCUCUACCCGAUGGCCAACGCGACGCAGGGGCUGGUUCUUCUCAGCAGAGCCAACUUUGGCCGGGACGAUGGCGUGGUCCUUAGGUACCCCGACGACCCGCACGACCGCUUCUGGAUCCCAAUGAGCAAGCGGGCGGAGUGGACGGAGGUCUCGACGGCCAAGAAGGUGCAGAACAUCGACGACGAUAGCUUCGACGCGCCGUCCGCCGUGAUGCAGACGGCCAUCACGCCCGUCAACUCCUCCAGCCCCGUCGUGUUCAGCUGGGACGCCGAGCCCAGCGCCAACAACCCAGAUCCCGGGUACAUCUGCAUCCUGCACUUCUCGGAGCUGCAGCCUCUCCCCGUCAACGCGGUGCGGCAGUUCUACGUCACCCUCAACGGCCAGCUCUGGCUCGGCAAGGGCUUCACGCCGCAGUACCUCUACACCAACGCCGUCUUCAGCAGCUUCCCCAACAACGGGCACCACCAGUACAACGUCUCGCUCAACGCCACCGCCAACUCCACGCUCCCGCCCAUCCUCAACGCCCUCGAGAUCUUCUCCGUCCUGCCCACCACCGGCAUAACCACGGCCACUCAGGAUGUGUCUGCCAUCGCGGCGAUCAGAGGCAAGUACCAGGUGAAGAAGAACUGGAUGGGCGAUCCCUGCGUGCCCAAGAAUUUCGCGUGGAAAGGAUUGGGUUGCAGCUAUGCUGUUUCCAGCCCACCAAGUGUCACAGGCUUGAAUCUAUCUUCCAGUGGCCUCAGCGGCAACUUGUCAUCUUCGUUUGCCGGCCUCAAAGGUCUACAGUACUUGGAUUUGUCACGCAAUAAUCUUACGGGCUCAAUUCCUGACACCUUCUCGCAGUUGUCGUCGCUCACACUUCUAGAUCUGACAGACAAUCUACUCAGUGGAUCAAUACCUCCUGGGCUUGUGAAAAGAACUCAAGAUGGCUCCCUAACACUUAGAUAUGGUAACAAUCCGAACCUCUGCAGCAGCGGAAACUAUUGUCAGCCUCCACAAAAGAAGAGAGGCUCUAUGGUUGCCGUCUAUGUUGUUGUUCCCAUGGUUGCAGUACUAGUGAUUCUGCUACUGUCAGUUCUCAUUUGCAUGAGAAGGAGAAGGCAAGGAAGGACAAGCGGCAAUAUCAAGCAACUAGAUGAGGUGAGUAUCAUGGGGCACAACUCGUUGCGACUUGAUAACCGCCGGUUCACAUAUAGUGAAUUAGAGGCCAUCACAAACGGUUUCGAGCGAGUAAUUGGUAAAGGGGGGUUUGGGAAAGUUUAUCAUGGUUCGUUGGAGAAUGGCACACAAGUGGCUGUCAAACUGCGGUCUGAAUCUUCAGAUCAAGGUGAACAAGAAUUCUUGGCAGAGGCUCAGACCUUGGCAAAAAUUCACCACAAGAAUCUUGUUUCCUUGAUUGGCUACUGCAAAGACAUGAAAUACAUGGCUCUUGUCUACGAGUACAUGUCUGAAGGAGCCCUAGACGAACAUCUUAGAGGGAAAGAUAACACCAUGAGAGCUUUAACCUGGAGACAAAGACUUCGUAUAUCCUUGGAAUCCGCACAAGGGCUUGAGUAUCUGCACAAGGGGUGUAACCCGCCCCUCGUUCACAGGGACGUGAAGACGUCAAACAUCUUGUUGAAUGCAAACCUGGAGGCUAAGAUUGCUGACUUUGGCCUACUCAAGGCUUUCAAUAGCAACAGCGAUACACAUGUUUCCACAGCAAGGGUGGUUGGCACACUCGGUUACCUUGACCCUGAGUACCAUGGUACAUUUCAGCUGACCAACAAGAGUGACGUCUUUAGCUUUGGGGUAGUGCUACUAGAGCUGGUCACAGGGCAACGACACAUCCUGAAUGACCCUGAGCCGACGAGCAUUGUUCAGUGGGUGCGGCAACGCCUUGCCCGUGGUAACAUCGAGGAUGUGGUGGAUGCGCGCAUGCGUAGUGAUUACGAUGUCAAUAGCGUGUGGAAAAUUGCAGACACCGCGUUGAAGUGUACAUCCCAGAAGCCUGGAGAGAGGCCCACGAUGACUGAAGUGGUAGCAGUGCUACAUGAGUGCCUUGAGCUCGAGGCUGCACACGACAAUGUGAAUGCAGGGUUUUACACGCCCGGGAGCGGUGGCAGCAUGAACGACUAUGGUCGGUACGACACUGGCAUGUCUACUGAUGUGAGCCAGAGCAGCACUGCAUUCGAGCAAGAGCAUUUGGGCAGGGUGUCUAUAGUGUCUACUGGUCCAGCUGUUAGGUGAGGAUUUAAACAAUGAUUAGUUGAUUGCUUCCACCUCUCUUCUGCGAGUAUUCUUUGUUUUCACUCAAGGAAAUUCAAAAUUUUCUUACACGAUAAAUGUCGUUAUUAUUAGAGGAAGUGAAAAUGUACAAAUGUUCAGACAUUUAAUGUGUUCUGUUGGCUUUUCUAGACAAUAUGAGUGAUACUGAGAUGAA